AUGGAUAAUCAUUCUUCAAAACCUGAUACAGAGGAAGCUGAAGAGUCAGCCAGCCUUGAGAAAGUACAGGAUAUUGACAUUAUUUUUGGAAGGCCAGAGCAUUCAGAGAUAUUGGCAACAAUGACAGCAAAAAUGGCUCUUGAAACAGAGAACAUUACCUGAAAUAUAAAAUCAAUUACUGAAGCUGUCCAUCGAUUUCUUUCGAAUGAAUCAGAUUCUCAUAAUGAAAAACCUUAUGGAUUCUAUCUGGUUGCAGUAACUAACGACCAAACUCCUGUCGGCUGUAUGAUGGUAACUUAUGAAAUCAAUCCAACUGUUGGAGGACUUAUUUAUAUGCUCGAUGAUGUCUUUGUAGAGAAAGAUUUUAGAAGAAUGGGAAUUUUUAGAAAAAUAUUUCGAAAAGCACAGGAAAUAGCUAAUGAAGAUCCUCAUUGUAAGGGACUCAGACUCUGUGUUGAAGAGGAUAAUACAGUAGCUCAGAAGGUUUACCAGAAUAUGGGGAUGAAAGAAGUUGAGUAUAAAUAUAUGCAAAGAUCUUUUGUAUCUUUUCAAUAUGAUGGUUUUCUUUAG